CUGCUGAUUCUCCACAGCACCAGAAGGUGUCUCUCAAAUGAAAUAAGUGAUGUGUUUAGAGACAGUCCCACUGGUAACAUAGUAAAAAAUCUCUCUCUCAUUCCGUGAACUUGGUUCUGCUGGGUUAUUGCCCAGGUCUCUGAAGAGGAGCGAGAGUCAGCAGUGGCUGCCGUGCAGUCUUCCAGUUCUCCUCCCUCGUCUUUGGUUAUGGCUUCUCCUCCACCCCUUCAGCUGCAGUGCGGUGUUAAGCUUGUCUUCCUCAGUGAGGAGCAGAAGAAAGGAAGUGAGGAUGGAAGUGGACAUGGAUCAUUACAGCUGUCCAGCAGCCUGAGCCCAAAUAUACUUGUGCUACAUUUCCACAAUGGGAAAGAGGAAGCUGUCAUGACCCUCACUGAUGGCAAUGGAGACUGUGUGUUUAAAUACUUGAUUAACAGGGAUACAGAGUACUGCCGUGUUGGAAAGCAAUCAGUCUUAAUUACUGUAGGUUUCAACAGUGCAUUGCUCGAGUUCAAGUCACACAGCGAGUACAGUACAUUUCACAAUGCCUUGAAAAGAUGUAGAAAUCACAAUACGGAGCACAACACAGUAUCUCCAUACACAAAGGAACCAUCAGAAUUGCAGUAUACGCAGUUUUAUGGCUGCCUUUCUCAACAACAGAAUAUGUUACAAGACUAUAUAAGAACAACUACCUAUCACAGAGCAAUAUUGCAGAACCACAUAGACUUCAAUGAUAAGGUUGUACUGGAUGUUGGCUGUGGAUCAGGAAUCCUUUCAUUUUUUGCAGUACAAGCUGGUGCAAGGAAGGUGUAUGCAGUGGAAUCCAGCCCUAUUGCAAAAUACACGGAGAAACUUGUGAUUAGCAACAACCUUUCUGAUAAAAUCUCAGUGUUAUGUGGGAAAAUUGAAGAAGUCUUUCUCCCAGAGUAUGUGGAUGUGAUUAUCUCUGAGCCCAUGGGAUACAUGCUGUUCAAUGAACGAAUGGUGGAAAGUUACCUCUAUUCUAAAAAGUGGCUAAAACCAAAUGGUAUGAUGUUUCCUGCCUUCAGCGAUAUUCACCUGGCACCAUUUUCUGAUGAACAACUGUAUAUGGAACAUUAUUCCAGGGCUAAUUUUUGGUACCAGCAGUGCUUCUAUGGAGUUAACCUUACCAGUUUGCGGAGUGCUGCAGUUGAUGAAUACUUCAGACAACCCAUUGUUGACACAUUUGAUAUGAGAAUAUUGAUGGCUCGAGCAGUAAAAUACACUGUGAAUUUUAUUGAUGGCAAAGAAGAAGAUUUACACAGAAUGGAAAUACCAUUUGUUUUCCACAUGGUGCAGUCCGGACUGGUUCAUGGUCUUGCAAUUUGGUUUGAUGUGGCAUUUGUUGGAUCCCUUGUCACAGUCUGGCUUUCCACUGCUCCUACAGAGCCUCUGACACACUGGUAUCAGGUACGCUGCCUCCUCCAGACUCCCCUUUUCGCCAAAGAAGGUGAAACUCUCUCAGGAAAAGUGCUUCUUCAGGCCAAUAACCGACAGAGUUAUGACAUACAGAUUAUGGCAUCAGUAGACCAAAGCGGCUUUAAGUCUGGCAACAUUUUGGAUUUGAGGAAUUCUUUUUUUAGAUAUGCAUGAAUUGUGUGGACCGAGUUUACCAUAAUUGGAAUGGAGGAUGCGAUAUGUCCCAGAAAAGUGCUGUAGUUGACAGAUCAUGCAGAUCCAUGUGCAAAUACAAUUGUAUAAAAUUGUCUUAACAUGCAAAUACUAUAUUUCCAUCUGCAUUUUUAAAACGGUGAUAAAUAUUUUAUGCAAGAAAA